AUGGACAAUAUUUCGAAUACGGAAUGGAUGUUACUGAUCGCGCUGAUGAUACAUUUAACGAUGGCGCCAUGCACGAAGGUCGAAGAGAGCUUCAAUGUUCAAGCAGUACACGAUCUUUUAUUCCAUCAAAUGAACACUUCACAGUAUGAUCAUCACCAAUUCCCGGGCGUUGUACCAAGAACAUUCACGGGUUCGAUCGCGUUAAGUGCUCUUAUCUAUCCGUUUGCGAAACUAAUGCUGUGGUAUGAUGUACCUAAGUAUUGGAUUCUUUAUGCAGCACGUCUUUUGCUUGGUAUGACUGUUUUGCUGAGUUUUGGAAAUUUUGCACGAUGUGUGCAGAAGCAUUAUGGUCAACACACGGCUCACUUCUUGAGGCUGAUAACUGUUUCUCAGUUCCACUUUUUAUUUUAUGCGUCAAGACCGUUGCCAAACACAUUCGCUUUGAUUGGAGUUUUGAUUUUUCUCAGUGUUGUGGGUCUACCAAUUAUGGCUCNGCGUGUGGCAACCGUAUUCGCCGCACUGUUUCGAUGUGAGCUCAUCGUUCUAUUUGCGCCAAUAUUCAUCGUACCAUUGUUGAAUGGUGCUUUACCCAUACUCGGACGAAAAGGUGCUCUCUACAACGGGAUUUUGGCGCUUUCGGCCGCCCUAGGUAAAUCAAUUUUUUCAAUUACGAUACCAGUCGAUUCACUUCUAUGGAGGCGCUGGCUUUGGCCUGAAGGCGAAGUCUGGUGGUUCAACGUUAUGUUGAACAGGAGCAGCGAAUACGGGGUGAUGCCGUUCCUUUGGUAUUUCUAUUCAGUUUUACCCCGAGCACUUUUGUUAUCAUUACUGCUGGUGCCAGUUGGCCUUAUUGUUGAACGACGAUUGCUCGGAAUCACCGUACCAAUAAUUUUCUAUAUAGUCGCAUAUUCGUUUCUACCGCAUAAAGAACUUCGCUUCGUCAUUUACACAUUUCCAAUACUGAACAUCCCUGCUGCAGCGUUUUGUGCACGAUUGUAA